AAUAUAGACGGUAUGGCCAGUGAACCGUGAAGAAGUGUAUCGCCCUAAUUCGUCCCUGUGAACACAGUUCACUAGAUUGCACACUAAUGGUCAAUUCCAGAGAGCUGGGUGGAGCGGACUGUAAGGAAAGAUGACGGCCCUAAAAGGGUCUCCUGAAUUGGUGUUGCUGCUUAUAAGCGUUACAUGUCACGUGAUAUCACAGACAUCCAAUGGCCGCCAGUCAGUGUACAUAGAGAGCCUCGGUAUCAACAUCACCGGAAACGCCAUUGAAGACCAGAUUGCCAUCACCAAAGCACUCAGAGAUCUGAACAUUACCUUGGCGGAAUUAUUAACUUUACUUCCUGACAUUGAUAAAUGGACAUUCCUGAACAAUUCAGUGACCCCCGCCCCCAAGGACGAUACAGGAGAUGGCGCAGUGGUGGGAUGGGGAGUUAUCAUUCCUGUACUUCUGAUUGUCGUGUUCCUGGUGACAGUCACCAUCUGCUUGCUCUGGCACACGUGGAUCAAUCGCAGACGAACAUCCAACUCUACCGAGAAAACUCCAGACACAGAAAAAAUGUCCAAGCGUUUUAAGAGAAGCAUCAAGAACACAUCAGAUUUUGUACGCGGAUCAACUAGAUCCACCACGCCACUUCGAUCAAGUGUUAUAGAGAACGUCCACGUGACCGCCCUUCAACGCCAGAAUGCUGACAAGUUCACGUUUGUGUGGGACAAAGACAACUGGAGAUUAUGUCCACCAGAAUCACGACUUCAGAGCUCUGACUUCAACAAUAACACCCUCCGACAACACUUGUCGCCUAUUGACGAAAGCGAAACUUCCAUUGCUAACGUCUCAAGGACUUACAAUCUUAGCGCUCACCCUCCAUACUCGCCAUAUCACUUGACGUACAUUCAUGCACCUCCGCCAUCUUAUGAGGAGUCAGAAGUAAGUUCAUUAGGGAAAAGCAUUCCUAUGCAUUCCCUGCAAACUACCAAUACCACACAAAGUGAGGAGUCUUGCAGUGCUUGUAUGAAGCAAGGCAAAUCGCUUACAAUGAGCUCACCCUUCCAUCCACAUUACAACACGCCAACCACAGAAUGUGGUUUAGAUGAACCGUCAAACAUCAAAUUUAACUCGGCAGCAACCACAAACUUAUCCCAGUACACCAGUUAUCCGUCCUCACCAAUGUCCUCAUCUGCCGGAAGUCUUACCGCGUCAAACAUCGACACGGGGCCGGAAGCUUCCCUGAUGAUGUCUUACCCUGAACCUGUGUGUCCUCCGUCCUCUCUGCAGAGUGAUUUCGCUCCAUCAGCCAAUCAAACCCCAGAGGAAACCAGCCAAAAUGGAAGUGACUUCAGUGGAGGUAUACCAAGUCUCCCGAGCAGCAUCUUGUACUAUCAUCAACAAAUGACGGGAGAUAAUAGUCUAAAACCUUUUGGGAAAACUCCUAAUUUUUCUCCCCACGCUUUCCAGGGUAGCGCUGGAAGUAGUCUGAUAUCUGCUGACACUCACUACGAGGACAAUACCUCAUUGCUUCCAAACGUCGGGAGCAGCAACACGUCAGAAAAUCCUACUGGAUCUCUUCAGUUCCACACUAAUUUAUCCCUGAAUCCGUCCCUACCUCUCUCCAACUCGGUGAUGCCGUCUUUACAGAAUCCGUCGAUUCAGUUCGCAACUUCGUUUAAUCCAUCCGUCCAGUACUUCAACACUUUGAAUCCCUCGCUUCAGUAUGCUAACUUUGCGUCCAGUCAGAAUAUCAGUGCGGAGGAUUUGUCGAAAAUGGUGGAUGAGAUGUCCUCUAUUCGCCCUUUCCCACCCGAAGAAACGGAAAGUCGUGGUGGUGUUGUGCACAGCGUCAUAGGAUAUGAAGGGACCGUCGGACAGAGUUAUGUAGCUGACAUAUGCGCCCCGCAGUCAGGAAGUGAAGCGGAUAAUAACUUCCACCAAAGUAUCACCGAGUUGUUCAAGAGUUGGAGUGUUACUGCGGAACUGGAUUACAGCUCUUUAAGUUCCCACGCUACUUCACAGCGAGCGGACCCAACUGCAGCGUUCGAUCACCAAUCAGAACACAGCUCUUAUGGUGCGUCACAACCCACCGACAUGUCGUCAUUUUGGGAACAGCAGCAGGGUAGAGGGAGAGAAGAAAGAGACAGAAUUUCAGAUGAUUCCAGCAGACAGCACGUGCAGUUAAAUCACCUUCCUGUGCCUGGCAGACGAGUCAAAUUUGAUGUCCCAAUCCUCGUCAAUAAAACGUAUUGGGUGUAAAAACUUGUGAAACUUUCUCAAUGGCUCACAAAACCAUUGCUGACUUAUAUCUAAUCACAUUCUAAAUUGUGGUUUACAAAUAUAUUAAUAUUUACAUGUGAAAAUGAGAUUGCAUUUUUGAUAUGUACAGAAAUGUAAUGAAAUGUAAAAAUA